GAGCCAUGCUGGGGACCGUCCUGCUGCUGCUGGUGCUGGCCAAGCCGGCGAGCCCGAGCCCGGCCGGAGCCGAGAGCCGGAGAGCUGAGGCGCUGAAGAGGCUCCUGGAAGUCUUUGGCAUGGAAGACCCUCCCCCCCCCCCGGCUCACGUCAAGCAGCCGCCCCAGUACAUGGUGGAUCUGUUCAACACCGUCGCCAACGCGGACGGAGUCACCAAGAACCCCGACAUCCUGGAGGGCAACACGGUCCGGAGCUUCCUGGAUAAGACCCAGAGCGAGGAGAUGCGGUUCCUCUUCGUCCUCUCCAGCGUGGCCAAGAGCGAGAAGGUCCUGACGGCAGAGCUGCACCUCUUCCGCCUCUGGCCCAGGGUCACCGACGGCCCUAAAAGGCACCACUUGUGCCAGGUCAGCGUCUACCAAGUGCUGGAGCGGAGCGCGGCGGCCGCGCCGGGGGGCAGGAAGCUGCUGGCGGCCAGGCUGGUCCCGCUGCAGGGCUCGGGCUGGGAGGUCUUCGCCAUCACCCAGGCUGUUCUCGACUGGACUGAAGAUGAAAGCAGCAACCAGGGUUUGCUGGUGACAGUGCAGGGGCUGGGGGGCAGCCCCCUUGAGCCCCCUCCGCUGCAGUUUGCAUCUGGCAGGGACCACCACGAGAGCAAGAAGCCAAUGUUGGUCCUGUUCACAGAUGAUGGGCGCCGGGGAGCAUCUCCUGCCCUGUCCGGCUUCCCAGAUUCCCAGCCCCAGGCCCCCAUCGUCCCCGCCAAGCCGUCGGUGCCGCGCAGCACCCGCUCCCUGGACCGGCUCCAGCCCUGCCAGAGGCACCCCUUGUCUGUGGACUUCGAGGAGAUCGGCUGGUCAGGCUGGAUCAUCUCCCCACGGGGGUACAACGCCUACCACUGCAAAGGCUCCUGCCCCUUCCCGCUGGGCGAGAACAUGCGCCCGACCAACCACGCCACCGUGCAGUCCAUCAUCAACGCGCUCAAGCUGAGCGAGGGGGUGAGCAGCCCCUGCUGCGUGCCCGACAAGCUCUACUCCAUCAACCUCCUCUACUUCGAUGACGACGAGAACGUGGUCCUCAAGCAGUACGAUGACAUGGUGGCCGGGAGCUGCGGCUGCCACUGAGGCAGGAGGAGCAGGGGGGCGGAAACGCCACCACAGCAGAGGCUGCUCCUGCUCCCUCCAGAGCAUCUCUGGGGGUCUCUGUCCUGCAGCACCCUCUGAAAGAGAUGGGGUGAGCAAAGCAAGGGGGUGCCCGGCCCUGCCCCAGCUGCUGUCACCCAGGGAAGGCUCAGGUCUGAGCUUGGAUUAAAUCAACCCCGAGGAGCAUGAGCAGCUCAGCAGCCCUGGGGCAGCAUCUCGGGGUGCAGGUUUUGCCUCGGCAGAGGCUUCCCGCAGGCUGUACCAUAUGUAUAU